AUCUAUUUCGGAAUGUCAUUUCAGCUCAUCUGAUCGAUUUGCUUUUGUCUUCAUCCCUCAGUAGGCAUCGUGAUGAGUCUCUGAAUUCACUGUCGCUCGAAGUUGUCUGCAGACGGCCGAAUGUCCCAUUCAGUUUUCGACUAAUACUAUCAUAACCUCGUUCUUUCGACCAUCGUACUAGUCCUGUUCUGCCAGUGGACUACUAUUAGUAGGUCGCUAACACGAGAUGGCCAAUUGGCUGGCCUAAUAUACCAUGGAACGUCGAGAAUGUCGAGUGACGUACCUCAAGCUCAUUCUUCUCUGAGAAGGCGGUCAUGAGUCUACUUAUCAUUGUCGUGAAAGGCUGGAUCUCUAAUUCUCAUCUUCGAACCGUCAUGGGUGUAGCUGAUGCAUAUGGAUAAUCUGCUCGGCUCAGGUCAUGGGACCUUGUGAUCGAGGCUCAUUCGGCCCGAGUAUAACGAUGCAUCCCCUCAAUAUAAGAGACGCGGUGAAAUACGCUUCUAGCAAUAUCCACCUUCAUUCAACGUCAAUCAUGUCUGGAGUAGAGAUACAUUCCGUCCCUCGUCCUACUGGGGUGUCCACCCCAGGAAAGCUCAACAAGAUAUCCUGUCAGUUGACACAAGACAAGGUAUCGACUACUCUGUAUGCCGUUGGUAUGACGGAGGAAGAUAUGGACAAGCCCCAAAUCGGUAUAUCACCCAUCUGGUGGGAAGGUAACCCAUGCAAUUCUCAUCUUCUCGAUUUGUCCAAAAAAGUCAAGGAGGGCUGCACGGAGGAAGGCUUAGUUGGUUUAACCUUCAACACCAUCGGUGUUAGUGAUGCUAUUACAAUGGGAACAGAUGGUAAGGCACUCCCAAGUCGUGAUCUCAUCGCGGACUCUAUUGAAGCUGCGCAACAUUAUGAUGGCAAUAUCUCGAUACCAGGUUGCGACAAGAACAUGCCUGGUGUCUUGAUGGCCGCCGCUAGACACAAUAGGCCAACUAUUAUCGUGUACGGUGGUACAAUUCAGGUCGGGACGCGCCAUGUCGAUUGCCCUUCCAUGGGAUUCGAGAAAGGCGGGACUGUCAACAUCUCAGACGCUUUCGAGUCUUAUGGUGCCUAUGCUGAGCGAUUUGAUGUCGUCAGACAUUCAUGUCCUGGCGCUGGUGCCUGUGGUGGUAUGUACACGGCCAACACCAUGAGCUCUGCUCUUGAAGUCUUGGGCAUGUCCCUUCCCUACUCCUCGAGCACACCGGCAAUGUACCCUGAGAAGGCACAGGAAUGCUUCAAAGUCGCCAAGUAUAUGAAACGUCUACUGGAGCUUGAUUUGAAGCCCAGAGAUAUCCUCACCCGUCAAUCUUUCUUGAAUGCAAUCACCAUAGUCAAUGUCCUUGGUGGCUCAACGAACGCUGUUCUUCACUUGUUGGCUAUAGCCCGUGCCGCUGAUGUUCCAUUAACCAUCGACGACUUCCAGAUGAUUUCAGACAGGACUCCAUACCUUGCUGAUUUGAAUCGAUUGCGUUCUCUCACAGUAUUGUCAGGACCAUCUGGAAAGUAUUAUAUGGAAGACGUUCACAAAAUUGGUGGCAUACCCGCAAUCAUCAAAUACCUUCUCAAGAACACAGAUCUAAUCGAUGGUAGCCAGAUGACUGUUACCGGAAAGAGCCUCGCUGAAAACCUCGUGGAUGUUCCGGAGCUCGACUUCGAUAACCAAGACAUCAUCAAGAAGCUAGAAGACCCUAUCAAGCCCUCUGGUCAUUUGACUAUUCUCAAAGGUAGCUUGGCUCCUGGAACCGCUGUCGCCAAGCUUACAGGGAAGGAGGGUUUGCGCUUUGAGGUGAUUCAUGGUUGUUCUGUGCCCGACUUUUACCCUGCACUUGAGCGUGGAGACAUCAAGCCUGGAACGGUCUUGAUAUUUAGAUAUCAAGGACCGAAGGGCGCGCCAGGAAUGCCAGAGGUUGGAUGUCCCACCGCCGCUCUUAUGGGUGCUGGGUUGGGCAACUCAACUGCGCUCAUCACGGAUGGUCGUUUUUCUGGAGCAUCCAGAGGUUUCAUCAUCGGUCACGUUGUCCCUGAGGCGACCCUCGGUGGUCCAAUUGCUCUUGUGGAAGACGGCGAUCCUAUUGUCAUUGAUGCGAAGAGUAGGACCAUCGACUGGCAAGUGGGAGAAGAAGAGAAAGCGCACCGAAGAAAAGCAUGGGAAGUCUCGGGCAAGAGCGCCCUCAGGGAACGGAGGGGUAUCUUGUUCCGAUACGCUCGUGAUGUUGCGCCUGCUAGCGAAGGAGCUUACUGCGACUGAGAUGCCUCUUGCCACGGUAUAUUAGAAGGUAGCGAAUCAAUCGAGCAACGUGGUCGGUAAACAUUAUGCGUUAAAUCAACAUGUCAACUGUAAAUACAGAAGUCGAAUAUUUAACAUGAUUUCGAGGCUCUA